AUGUUCCACGCUUGGCGCAGUCAGGCGCUUCAAGAUUCCUCGCGGGUUCAGCUGCUGAAGGAGACGAUGACGGAAAAGCCCGACAAGAUCAAAAAGAAGCCACGUGUGUCCUCCAAGGAGCGUAAACAGUCAUGGUCGUCCGGCCGCCUCGAGACCAUCAAGAAGAAGCUGGAGGAGUUCAUCCGCACAGGCAUGGUCAGUGACUGUGACUACGAGGAGGAGCAAGAUGGAACCACUGAUGCACGUGCGCCGCUCGUGACGACCAAUGAACUUUAA